AUGUUUCGUUUGGCGGAUAAGAUUCGCCAAAGACAGCAGGGUCAGGUUUCAAACGAACCCGAUUCGGUUUCCUCACCCUCUAUAAGGAGUGCUUCCAUCCGUGAUAGGCUUUUGGCGCAGGAGCUUACGGACUUGAAAUCGAAUUUGUCGAAUCACUGUCGAUUGCGUUAUCCCGACCCUGAUAAGCUUCAUGAAUUUGAAGUAAUUAUCUCUCCAUCCGAGGGGUUCUGGGCAAAGGGUCAUUUUCAUUUUGAAUUCACUGUCCCUGAAGGUUAUAAUCAUGUUCCCCCAAUUGUAAAGUGUACUACCAAAAUCUGGCAUCCAAAUAUUGACGAGGAAGGACGAAUUUGCCUUAGUCUUUUGAGACCAAGUUCGCUUGAUGCUUCAGGAUGGGCUCCUACCAGGAAGUUAUCAGAAGUGAUAUGGGGAUUAGAGUCAUUGUUUUCUGAUCUCUGUGAUUUCAAUGAUGCACUCAAUACAAGUGCUGCUGAAGAGUAUGUCCGUGAUCCAGAAUCCUUUAAACGCACGGUCAGAAGAUAUGUCAGUCAGUAUGCCAAAAGCUGA